AUGCACCGCACACUCAGCAGGCUUAUGGCGAGUCAGCCAACAGCCCGUUCGAGAUCAACCCCUGUGGCGGCCUGGGUCUCCCCCGGCCACACAGACGUCCACGAAGUGUCUGACUCUGAACCGGAGAGGGAGGGACGUAGAUACGAGGAAAAGGAGAACCGGAAACGUCGAAAACAGCAUCAUCGACGCGCUCGCAAAGACGACGUUAUAGAAUUCACAGACACUCAAGAACCCCUCCUUACCCAGCCUGUGUCCCAAGCAUCCCAGGUGCCCCCGGCCACACAGAGUGUCAUUAGCGUGAAUGAAGAGAGCUCAGAAGACGCCUCCAAUGCAGGUGUGCCACGUGAGGAGCCUGUUCGCCGCGAGGAAAGUGGUGCGCACAACACUAGCAUAAUUGACAUCAGUGACGACAUGAGUGAUGAUCCCUCAAUGCCGUCUCUUCACGCCCUACUUGCCAGACGUAUGCCGUCUCCGGACUAUCUGGAACCACCUAUCGACAUACCCCAGCCCAUAUCCGAGCGCUCAGGGUCAUCUCAGGCGUCCGCCGGGCCUGGCGACUCCGAUGACGAGCAGCGUUCGGGCCUGAAUCUCAAGUUGAAGACCUUUGCGUACAGUGCAUCGUCGAGUAGUCGAUCGCGCAACCCUUCGUCCGCGAGCAUUGCAUCACGCUCAACAUCUAUUGUCAGUGUCGCCAGCGCCGCGCAGCCAAUAAGACGAGCGAAGAGCAAGCCCAAGACGGACUUCACAGAAGAGUUCGCAGAAGCCGACCUCGCUAGGCUACUCAAAUGUGUGAGCUGCGAGCUGAAGUGGACAGUGCGCAAAAGCGUCACCCAGAAGCUGAAACAUAUUCAAGCAUGCGCGAAGAAGAAAGCACUGGCAGACUCAACUGUGGCAUUUCUCCUUCGGUGUGAACUGGCGGUGUCACCGCCACUGCCAGAGAAGAGCGGCGAUGCAGCGGAGAAGGCCAAGGAGCCGGGAACCCUCAUGGAGACCUGGACGGACGGGACGAACAAGAAGAGGACCAAGCGACGUGCUGUGCCGGAGACGGUGCGAGACCUCGCAGACACUCGCGGCCAGAUCCUCGACAGAGCUCGCGCACUACUCGCAGAACGAGAGGCUAGAUCAGACGAUAGGGUAGAACAAGAUGACGAGAGGCCGCAAUCAGAGGAAGAAGAUGCCGGUGCCCAAAUUCCCCCGCCGACGCAAGCAUUUGGCGAGAGUGCGCUGGCAAGGAAUCGGCGGGUUCAUGAGGAGCCCAUACAGCCAAUCGCCUUUGCCCCUACCCAACUCUUCGCUCCUAGCAAGCUCGGUGUGGCCGCCACGUCCGCAAUAAUAGACGGAGCAGACGACGACGAGGACAGCCUACCACCCUCGACCCAGGCGUUUGCUCCUAGUCGCUUUGCGACGGGCCUCGGCAAUAUAGGAGUCCUCGAAGCCGCAGUUGGCAGAUCUCCCGCGGCGAAGCCCACCGUCACCUAUCCCUCACCAAGCGGAAACGCAGCUUCUCCAAAGUAUCCACGGAUGAGCCCUUCACCCACUGAUUCCCGUCCACCUUCAGGCCCAGUCUCUCCUCUGGAUAUCAACUCGGACUCACCGCAUCAUGAGGACAGGAAACAUGUUGAAUAUGAUUAUCGUCCGGAAGAUUGGGGGUUUGAUGACGCAUACCUGCAUUUCGAUCCAGAAGACGGAGGCCAAGUCUACGAGCCACCGGCUGGGGAUGACAGGCCGUUGUCUCCUGUAGCCGGACCUUCACGUUUGCAGGAGACAAGAGGCGCUGGGCCGAGCAGAGUGGUCAUCCAAGAAGCGGACACAGUGGUGGUAACGAGAGGCAUGUCCACGCCCGAACCAGCACCUGAACGCCCCACGAAGAAACCGCGGUCCAGAAAAGGAAAGCAACCUGCAUCUUCAUCGCCGGUCAAGGAGAGCGCCGUCGAGAUGUCGGAAGCUGAGUUCGAGGCCAGACUACACGACGCCAUCAUGCAGGAUAAGAAUUUACACCUGCGUGUCAUCCGUUACGAGCCUGUCCACUUCGACCUAUUCGUGCAGCUCGCGACAGACGCGGGCUUGAUGCAGGCGAGGAAACUCGGCUUGAUGAAGAGCAGAAUCCGCACAUUCCUUGACAAGAUGGCCAUCCACUUCCAUGGGGCCGACGGACCCGGAGGAGAUCGGACGAGGAAACGACACCCGUGA